AUGGCUACGAAGAAGCAGGCAUCCUUAUUUUCAUUUUUCACCAGAAGUCCAAAUCCGAAAAAUGCAGUGCAAGAUGUACCGGUCAGAAAUCAAACGAUCGACCUGAAGCGAACUACUUCCAAAAUUUCGAGAACGCAAAAAGAUGUUAAUAGAGGGAAUGAUAUCCCAAUGGAAGAUGCUACAAAAAGCCCAGAUAUGAAGCGACCACUAAAUGAAGAACAUUCAUCAGUAAAAACAAAACGUCGCCGCGUGGUGGUUUCAUCGGAUUCAGAAGAUGAUGAUGUUGAAGUGAUGGACAUGAAAAAAAGUGAGGAAAACAUGAAGCAAAGUCCAAAAAAUAAGCCAUUAAGGAGCGGCUUGCUGUCUCAAUUGAAGUCACCUCAUCAGGAAAAUAUUUCCUUGGAGACUCCAUCGGUAAAUAAACCCAGAUCUUCAAAACCUGUUCUGAGUGAGAUGGCUAUAUCGUUCAUCAAUUCAUUCCGCGCUACAGAGCAAGAUUUAUCUACGACAUCAAAACUAGAUUGUUCAAUCAAUAAGGAUGUUAUGGAUGAAAGCACAUCUACUGCAUGUUUGGCAACCGUGUCCGAUAUUGAAUCUGUGCGGUUUCCUCAUUUAGAUUUUGAUUUUCUUCAACCAGAUCGCAUUCGCGAUGCAGAUAAACGUUUACGUAAUCAUCCAGAUUAUUGUCCGCGUACUUUGUAUGUGCCGGAAGCGUUCAUGAAAAAGCAAACGCCCGGACAUCGACAGUGGUGGGCAGCUAAAUCGGCUUACUUUGAUACAGUACUGUUUUUCAAAGUUGGAAAGUUUUACGAAAUGUAUCAUAUGGAUGCUGUCAUUGGCGUCGAAAAUUUAAAUCUUAAUUAUAUGAGGGGCAAUUUUGCGCAUUGUGGAUUUCCAGAAGUAGCUUACGGUCGUUUUGCUGAUCAGCUGGUUAAUCGAGGAUAUAAAGUUGCCCGCGUAGAACAAACCGAAACUCCAACACAAUUAGAAAGCCGAAAUAAAAUCGAGAAAGUUAAUGACAAAGUUGUGAGGAGGGAAGUGUGCAAUAUUACUACUCCAGGCACUCGUACAUACGGAGUACUUGAUGGAAAUGAUGAACAAAGCACUGUGGAUAUGAUGGACACAACAGCACGUUACUUGUACGCUAUAGCUGAAAGGGGUACAGAUAGUGUAGAAUAUGGUGUCUGUUUCAUCGAUACAACAGUCGGUCGGUUCUAUAUUGGCUGCCUCUCAGAUGGGAGUAAUCGUUCUGCUCUAAGGACAUUAUUUUCUCAUUAUCAACCAGCUCAGAUUUUAUAUGAGCGGGGACGAGUUUCAGCGUCGACAAUGACUGUAUAUAAUAGUACUGUGAGUGCUGUGCCGAAAGAAGCGUUAGUUCCGAAGAAAGAAUUUUUAACAUCUGAAAACACUUUGAAAUUGCUGGCAAGCGAUAAAUAUUUCGGUGAAUUGUAUGAUAAAUGGCCCAUAGUUCUACUCGAUAUGAUGGAUAAAGACAGCCUUACCCUAAAAUGCAAUCCUGCGUAUGACGCAUGCGUUUCAGCUUUGGGAGCCGUUGUUUGGUAUUUAGGAAGAUGCUUUAUUGAUGUUGAUAUGAUUUCAAUGCAAAGAUUUGAGUUAUACAAACCCAUGAAUUUGACGGGACCUCUUUUCCAAGAUAAAGAUCAAGCUGAAAGUGAUGAACAGUACUGGAGUGGACACCGUCUUAUUUUGGAUAGCCUUGCUUUGAAACAUCUGAAUAUCAUACCACCUAUUGGUUUUAUAAAGAAAUUUUCACCACAUGAUCCGGUCACUGCAAAAUAUACACUUUAUAAUGUUAUUAAUAAAUGUGUCACUCCGGCAGGUAAACGUCUUCUUCGGCAGUGGGUUUGUGCCCCUGUUUGUGAUCGAGAGAUCCUAUAUUCACGACAAGAUGCAAUAGAAUGGCUUUCUGAAACAAGAUUGAAAGGAUUCAUUAACAAAGCUGUGGACAAGUUGCGCAAAGUACCUGACCUAGAACGCCUAGUUCAAAAAAUACACACAUUAGGACUCAAAUAUCGAGCAGAAGAGCACCCUGAUAGCCGAGCGCAAAUGUUCGAAACUAUGCGUUACAAUAAACGAAAAAUUCGAGAUUUAGUUCGAGCUCUAGAAGGUUUUGAGUCUAUUCAAGAUCUCCGUCUAGAAUUUAUGGAAAAUUUUGGCGAGAGUCACAAGGCAGUCCCUUCACUGUUAGAACAAUGCUUUGGAUAUCGAUUUCCUGACAUCUCAAAUGAUCUGGAACAUUUUAAAAAUGCAUUCAAUCGCGAUAAAGCACAAGAAGAAGGUAUUAUUGUACCAGAAAAAGGUGUAAUUGAGGAAUACGACGAUGCGAUUUGUAACAUGAAGGAAUGCGUCCAUGAAUUAGAUUCGUAUUUGAAUGUCAUCAGAAAGCAACUACAUUGUUCAAACAUUAAUUUCUUUGGAAGCGGGCGAUCCCGUUAUCAGCUUGAAAUACCGGAAGCUAUUGCUAUGAAUUUGGGCCAUGAAUUCGAGCUUAAAUCCUCUCGAAAGGGCUACAAACGGAUGGUAACGGAUGAAUUGGUAAAAUUAGUUAAAAAUUUGGACGAAGCUGAAAAUCAACUUGAUAUCUUACGACGUGAUAUUAUGCGGCGCGUGUUUGCUGAUUUUGGCGACAGGUCUAUGAAAUGGACGGUGGUUGUUGAACGUAUCGCUACAUUUGAUGUGCUUCUUUCUUUAACUCGUUAUAGUCAAGAAUGUGGUCUAAAUAUGUGCCGUCCACAGUUUAUUUACGAUAGUAAGCUGCCCGUAUUAGAAAUCAAAUCCGGAUAUCAUCCGUCGCUUGCUGCGAUAGCUGCUUCGGGCAGCAGUUUCACAUAUAUACCAAACAGUGUUUUAGUGGGAAGAAAUGAAUCAACAAUUUUAUUGACAGGUCCAAAUAUGGGUGGGAAAUCAACAUUAAUGCGUCAAGUUGGUGUGCUGGUUGUCCUUGCUCAAAUAGGUAGUUUUGUUCCUGCGGAUGAAAUGAAAUUAUCACCAGUUGAUCGAAUCUUUACAAGAAUGGGUGCGGGUGAUCGAAUUACUGCAGGCCAAUCUACUUUCUAUGUUGAAUUAAGUGAAACGAAUUUGAUUUUGCGAAAUGCAACCAGACAUUCCCUUGUGAUAAUGGAUGAACUAGGUAGAGGAACAAGCACUUAUGAUGGCACUGCUAUCGCAUAUGCAGUGCUGCUAGAUUUGGCAACCCGACUGAACUGUCGUACUUUUUUUUCUACUCAUUAUCACAGCUUGUGUAAAGCGGUUGAAAAUCUUAGCAACAUCAAGGCAGCACAUAUGGUUAAUUUUCUGUUGCAAAGUAGUAGUAAUGGAACUGAAGCUUAA